CGUCAUCUCCCCGCGACGGAGCGGGCGCCAGGCGCGCUUCCUCCUCCGAGCCGUGGCGUGGCGGCUAUGGGUAGCCAGGAGGUGCUGGGCCAGGCAGCCCGGCUGGCCUCCUCAGGUCUCCUGCUGCAGGUAUUGUUUCGAUUAAUAACCUUUGUCUUGAACGCAUUUAUUCUUCGCUUCCUGUCCAAGGAGAUUGUGGGCAUAGUGAAUGUCAGACUAACACUGCUUUACUCAACGACCAUCUUCCUGGCCAGGGAGGCCUUCCGAAGAGCCUGUCUGAGUGGCGGUGCCCAGAGAGACUGGGGUCAGACCUUCAACCUCCUGUGGCUAACUGUUCCCCUGGGUGUAUUUUGGUCCUUGCUCUUGGGCUGGGUCUGGUUGCAGUUGCUUGAGGUGCCUGAUCCAAAUGUGGUCCCCUACUACGGAGCUGGAGUGGCACUCUUUGGUCUCUCGGCAGUGGUGGAACUUCUGGGAGAGCCUUUCUGGGUCUUGGCACAAGCACACAUGUUUGUCAAGCUCAAGGUGCUUGCUGAGAGCAUGUCGGUCAUCCUCCGGAGUGUCCUGACGGCCUUUCUUGUGCUGUGGCUGCCUCACUGGGGCCUGUUCAUUUUCUCUGUGGCUCAGCUUUUCUAUACUACCAUUCUGGUGCUCUGCUAUGUGAUUUAUUUAAUAAAAGUACUGCAUUCCCCAGAAUCAACCAAGCAACUGACUCUUCCUGUCUCCAAAAUAACACAACUGUUACCCAGUAUUCCAAGAAGCAGAGCAUUUGUCAAUUGGAAAGAGGCUAAACUGACUUGGAGUUUUUUCAAGCAGUCUUUCUUGAAACAAAUUUUAACUGAAGGGGAGCGAUAUGUGAUGACAUUUUUGAAUGUAUUAAACUUUGGCGAUCAGGGUGUCUAUGAUAUAGUGAAUAAUCUUGGGUCCCUUGUGGCUAGGCUAAUUUUCCAGCCCAUAGAGGAGAGUUUUUAUAUAUUCUUUGCUAAGGUGCUAGAGAGGGGGAAGGAUGCCACACGUCAGAAGCCGGAGGACGUUGCUGUGGCUGCUGCGGUUUUGGAGUCUCUCCUCAAGCUGGCCUUGCUGACUGGCCUGACCAUCACUGUUUUUGGUUUUGCCUAUUCUCAACUGGCUCUGGACAUCUAUGGAGGAGCCAUGCUUAGUUCAGGAUCGGGUCCUGUGUUGCUGCGCUCCUAUUGUGUCUAUGUCCUCCUUCUUGCAGUCAAUGGUGUGACGGAGUGUUUCACAUUCGCCGCCAUGAGCAAAGAGGAGGUUGACAGGUACAACCUCACCAUGCUGGCACUGUCUUCCUCGUUCUUGGUCCUAUCCUACCUCCUGACCAGCUGGUGCGGCAGUGUGGGUUUCAUCCUGGCCAACUGCUUUAACAUGGGCAUUCGGGUCGCGCAGAGCCUUUACUUUAUCCAGCACUACUUCCAGAGGAGCCCCCACAGGCCGCUGGCUGGCCUGCACCUGUCACCUGUUCUCCUCGGGGUGUUUGCCCUCAGUGGUGGCAUUACCAGUGUUUCAGAGGCAUUCCUGUGCUGUGAGCAGGGCUGGCCUGCCAGGCUGGCACACAUCGCUGUGGGAACCGUCUGCUUAGGAGUGACCCUGGGGACAGCGUUCUUCACAGAGUCCAAGCUAAUCCACUUUCUCAGGACUCAGUUGGGUAGAUCCAGACUCAGUGACAAAAUGAGGUGACAUUGAUGAUGCUGUGACGCUUUGGGUACCUGGACCCACCAUGGAGUGUUUCUGGAACAGCGUGUGUUGCUGUGCAAACGUCCUGCUGUGGAGAGAGAGUCGCCCUGGAAGUGAGGUGGCAGAGGAGAGGCCACCCAGCCGAAGUCUUCCACCGAAGGUGGAAUGUCCCUUUAAGCGAAGACCAAAAGCCAUUUUGUUAAUGAAUUAGUUCCCUGUAUGUGUGAUUGACCUUUGAAGUUACAUCUUCUAACAAACUCUGUCUUAAUAUUAAUAGUCAUAUCUGGGCCAAGAAAAAGCAGUGUAGCCACUGACCCGUCACACGAGUCUGUAAAAGAAGUAAGGAACAAAGUGCGGCCUGAGAACUGUGGAUCCCCUGUGUCAGUGGUGUGGCUCUGGAUUUUAGAGAAGGAAAAAACCUUGUCAGAAGUAUUUUUGAAAUAAUGUUUGCCGUCCUGGGGAUUGAACCCAGGGCUAGCUAGUCAUGCCCACACCCUCAGUAUGUUUCCUGCCCCUGGCACUGGCAGCCUGUGACUUCGGAGUCUUUGGGAGCAGGACCACAAGAUCCUUGCUCCCAGGCAGAGAGAGGCUUUGCAGCUGACCUACUGCAGGCCCCGCCUCUCAGCUUGCCGCUCCCCAAGCCGUCCACCAAAGGCUGCUGUAACAGCCCAGCCUGUUAAAGAUGGGCACAGCCGCUCGGGGCUCCUUCCCGGGCCACGCCUUCUUAUUUCCAGAAGGAACAAUGCAUUUUCUCAUUUUGUUGAGAAAUGACAUUUUGGACCAGGUCCUCCGCAGUUCUCAACCUCUUGGUCAGCUCUCCAAAGCCCAUCUUAGAUGAAACAAGCGUGGCUCUUAGACUGAAUUGCAUCCACAUUGGGCAGGCUGCCUCUCAGUACCCAAGAAUGGUUUUGAGGAGUCUCACACUUCUAGCUUUCCUGCUUAAGAUAAACUGAGGCUUCUCCAUGGAAACAAGUCUCAAAGAUGCUCCCCUUUAUAAAAGGAGGGAAGCUUUUGUGGUGAGAAUAACAGGGACGGCCUUGUGUACUCCUCUGGUCACUUCAGACUUGGCCUGGGCUCUCCCAGUGAGGAGCUACCUAGCGCUCCUGUCACAGAGACUCUUGACUUCUGUUUUGGUCCACCCUUCCCUUCUGCCCCCUGCCCAGUCUUGUGAAUGAGUGAUGCUAGUUUCAUCUGAGUCCCCUGGUUUAAAACCAACCUUUUUUCUUUUUUCUUUCUUUUUUUUUUUUUUCUUUUGGUUUUUCGAGACAGGGUUUCUCUGUGGCUUUGGAGGCUGUCCUGGAACUCGCUCUUGUAGACCAGGCUGGCCUCGAACUCACAGAGAUCCACCUGCCUCUGCCUCCCGAGUGCUGGGAUUAAAGGCGUGCGUCACCAACUCCCGGCUAAAACCAACCUUUUUUCAUGUUCUUGUAAAGAUCUUCUUUUGUACCUUGUCUCUCUCCAAAGGGAGGGAAAGUCUUAACUUUCAUAAAUCAGGUUGGGAAUGUAGCUCAUGGCAGACUCUUGCCUCACAUGUGUAAAACCCUGAUUUUGAUCCCCAGCUCCCCAUAGUUACAAAGUUCGUAAGGAAGAUAGGCAAAUAUCUGUUUUGUUUGUUUGCUUGUUUAUUGUUUUUGGAGACAGGGUUUCUCUGUGUAUCCCUGGCUGACCUGGAACUCGUUCUGUAGGCCAGACUGGACUUGAACUCACAGAGAUCCACCGCCUGCCUCCUCCCAAGUGCUGGGAUUAAAGAUAUAUGCCACCACCACCCAGCUAGGCAAAUAUCUUGAGUAUUGAAACAAUACUUGUGUUCCUCAUUGGGCCAUCGCUACCUGCGUUGGUCACUCUAACUCCUAACUUUGGAAGGAACAGUUACCAAGAGGCUUCUUUGAUUUUGGACCAAAAGACCUGGGGUUUUUCAUGCCAUUUUUAUUAGUCAGGGUUCUCUAAAGGAACAGGGCAGAUAGAAUGAGUACAGAGAUCAGAAGAGGCUUUAUUACAGUAUGGUCUGAGCAAGUCCAACAGUCUCACAUUGGAGGCUGAGAACCUGGUUGUCACCCAUCCAUGAGGCUGCCUGUCUCAGCUGUCCUGGUCUAGUGCUGGAGGCCUGGAGGCCUGGAGGCCUGCCGCCGCCGCCGCCGCCGCUGCUGCCGCUGCUGAUCAGUGCCAUGCAUACUGAGGAAGCUGGUUCUCAUGGCAGCAGAGGAUUGCAGCAGCAACAGGGAAGGUGAACUGAGCUGCAAGAGUGAAGGCUUUUUUGCAGUUUUCUUCCUUCAUGUCGUUUUGCUUGGGCUGCCGCCAGCAGGUGCCACCCAGAAGAAGGGUGGGUCUUCCCACUUAAACUACUCUGAUCAAGACACUGGAGUGUCCAGCAUCUUGAGUUGGGUUGAUUCUAGCUCCAGUCAAGUGGACAGUCAAGCUUAGCCCUCACCCCAUCCUGGCAGCUCCCCAUCCUGUAUUGCGGCCGUCUGUCUUCAUCACAUGUGGUACUCACCUGUCUCCUAAUUGUGCUGUGGACCCAAGGCUCCUAAAAACCAAAGCAGACACAGAGGCCAUGCAAGGAAGCGGCACAGCAGAAACUGGUCAGGGACAACGGCACAGCCUCGGGAGCUGACCGCACCCCCAGCCCUCACCCUGCAAGUGUCUAAGCAGAGUAAACAUAAACAUACGUGCCAGUUUACAGUUACGCCUCCCCACCAGUGGGGACCAAAGAUUAGGGACUUCCGCAGGAACAUUGCUCUGUGGCACACCUCUGUUCUCCUUGGUGGUUCACUCAAGUGCUGGCGGGGCAGCUCGCCCAUCACCCAUGUCUCAUAUUGUACUUGAAGUUCUAGCAAGAGAAAUAAGACAACAAAAGGAGAUCAAGGGGAUACAAAUUGGAAAGGAAGAAAUUAAACUUCACUAUUUACAGAUGAUAAGACAGUUUGCAUAAGUGACCCAAAAAUUCUACCAGGGAACUCCUAUAGCUGAUAAACACCUUCAGCAAUGUGACAGGAUACAAGAUAAACUAAAAAAUAAAAAUCACUAGCCAUAUUAUAUACAAAUGACAAAUGGUCUGAGAAGCCAGGGUGUCCGCGAUGUCAGUUACCCAGGUCUGGGGAGGUCUUGGGAACUUAAACUUUGUUUGACCCCUAUUCAAGAUUUAUUCAAAAUGGUUUCAGUUUGAUUCUUUCUUAAAUACCCCCUAUCCUCUUCAUAUACUGUACUUAUUUCCUCUCUUCUCCAUCUAGCCUGGUCUUUAUCUUGGUUGGUUUAAAACAAAGAAAAAAAAACAAAA